AUGGCUAUAGCUUUCCAAUUGGCUGUUUUUGCAUUAAUUGCUACUUCAUCAAUCUUAUUGAUUAGCGUACCCGUUGUAUUUGCUUCGCCCGAUGGUUGGUCAAGUAACAAAAAUUUUGUAUUUUCCGGUACAUCAUUAUGGAUUGGAUUAGUCUUUCUGGUGGGUAUCCUUAAUUCUCUCAUCUCUUGA